AUGGGCGGCAUACCGUUUAAGUCCACCGGGUGCAAUACAUGCCGGCGCCGAAAGGUUAAGUGCGAUGAACUCAAACCGGAAUGCCUCCGGUGCCUCAAGAACGGCCAUAUCUGCACCGGUUAUGAGCGGUCAAGAGUUUUCAUACACAAAUCCCCCAAUGCAAUGGAGGAUGGUGCGCAAAAGUUCACCCGGCGUCCAAAAGCUCUCCUGAAUGGUCCUAGAACUCACCAAGUAGACCAGGUGGGGCCCGAAAUUCAGUUCAAUACAAAUGUGGAGGUCCGAUCUCAACUGUUCCAGUCCUUCAUAGACAGAUACCUGCCCCAGUCAAAAUAUAUAUGCGACAGGACGGGGAAGAAUAUUCUUCAAACUCUUCCAGACCUCUCUGGGAGUAGCUUGCUCCUAGACAAAGCGGUCAUCGCUCUCUCCACGGCAUUUUUGGCAAAACAAAAUCAAGAUAGACAUUUACUGCAGAACAGCACCAAAAUCUACGGGAAUGCCAUUCAGAUGCUAAAUGGUAAGAUAAGCUCCGGGAGAACUUUCGGAAAAGAUGUCUGGUAUACCACGAUAAUCUUUCAAAUAUAUGAAUUAAUCAAUUGCUCUCCACCGGGGUUUGGGGCGUGGAUUGCCCAUGUCCAAGGCAGUAGUGCGGUCAUCAACCAGUGCUCUGGACAGGAUGACGAAACCGCUACCUCAAGGCUCUUUCUUCGUCAACUCAAGUUCGUCACUUUGUGCGAUGCAAUUGGAAAACGCAAAGCGCCCGAUUUCUACGACGCUUCGGCUUGGCAGGGUAGCUCGUUGCAAGACUCAGAUGGUCCUGAGCCCAUCGAUGAGCUUAUUGAUCGGUUGGCGGACUGUUGUGCUUUGAUGGAACAAGUUGACAGCUUUCUCGAGGACCCGGUUGGUGGCCACGACCAGUUUCAAAGUACUGGGCGAGAUUUGUUAUUCUCUUGUUUCUCUUUAGAGGAGAAGCUCCAUCGAAUCUGUUGCAUGAUGCAGAAGGAACUCGGAAAACCUUCGGUAUCACCUGCUAAUAUGACUUGUCGAAAUGAUUUUAGAAGCUCUCUCUACACCCACUUAUUGCCCAAACCCUUUCAGUUCCCGUCUCUCACGUGUGCAGAGGCUCAUCUAAUAUACUGGACUGCAUUAGUACUGCUCUAUCCUCUGAUAGACCAGUUACUUGAGGUUCUCCAACUUUCGGCGGACCAUGACUCUCUUGAUAGCUGCUACUCAUUUUCUGGCGAGCACGUAAACUCUGGAGUCACGCUGAAUCUGGAAAGUAUAGCUGAUUUCACUAAUCUUGCCGAGCACUAUGCUGACCAGGUCUGUCGCUCUGUUAUUUAUUGUUUACAACCAGAUUUGAAAACUUUGGGCGCCCAGGUACUGCUUGCUCCCUUGAGUCAGAGCGCACAGUUCUACAGCGUACAUGAAUUGGCUGGAAAAUACCGGUGGUGCCAGGGAGUGUUUGUGCUUCUGCCUCAGUUAGGUCUUGGUAUCGGGUAUUUUCUGAAGAAUAUGGUCUGGCCCAAAUACCGUUCUUCGCAGAGAUAUCUGACUCCCAAAUCGAUAUCGCCUGAGUGA